UGAAAACUUGAGAAGCGUUUGUGUUAAUGUGCAGACUAUAAAACAUUAGAAAAUCUGAUCGCCAUGCCUCGCCUUAAAAACAACGAGCAAGCCAAGGUUGUAGUGCUAGUUGUUGGUUGUGACUUGUUUACUGUUGUAUAAGGGCAAGCUGCUGACUAAACACCAAAAAGACUUGCUUUUAUCGAUAGAUUAUAUAUAGUUGAAUAACAAGGAUGAAGUGCACCACGGGAUUAAGAAUCAUUGUACCAUUUCUACAACAGUGGUCACCUAAAGGUGACAAGGUUAAUCACAGGUUUUGUUCAAAAUUAAUUAGUAUCCCGUCAAAAGAGAAAAGCAGGGCAGAUCAAUUCAAAACACAGUUAUCUACUGGUCCAAGUUUUAAGGAUUUUGUUAAAGGAGUUUCUGUCUACCCAAAGCCUGUUGGUGAUUUUGAUGACAGAUAUGAAGCAGACAGGCACGCCAAUCAAUCAGAAAAGGGACAUUCAAGGAAAGUGUGUUUUGAAACAUAUGGCUGUCAGAUGAAUGUAAACGACACAGAAAUCGCCUGGUCCAUAUUGCAGAAAAAGGGUUAUGAACGCACAAGUGAUUUUACUGAGGCUGAUGUUAUUCUCCUUGUGACAUGCUCUAUAAGAGAGAAAGCAGAACAAACAAUAUGGAACAGACUACAGCAACUCACAGCCCUCAAGAAGAGACGGUCAAAGAGUCGCACACCAAUGAAAAUUGGAGUUUUAGGUUGCAUGGCAGAGAGGCUAAAGACGGAGCUACUGGAGAGGGAGAAGCUGGUGGAUGUCCUCGCUGGCCCAGAUGCAUACCGAGACCUUCCCCGUCUCCUCUCUGUGGUCCAUGGUGGCCAGCAGGCGAGCAAUGUGCUGCUCUCUCUAGAGGAGACCUAUGCUGACAUCAUGCCAAUCCACUACACCCCUCAGGGAUACAGUGCUUUUGUGUCUAUCAUGCGAGGAUGUGAUAACAUGUGCAGUUACUGUAUAGUCCCGUUUACACGAGGCAGAGAGAGGAGCCGACCAGUGGCCUCGAUCUUAGAGGAAGUUUGCAUCCUGUCCGAUCAGGGAGUGAAGGAGGUGACACUGCUUGGUCAGAAUGUCAACAGCUACAGGGACACAUCGGAGGAGCAAUUCUGUGGUCCGCAGCCGCAGCAGCUGAGUCGAGGAUUCAGCACUGUGUAUCGAGCACGGAAUGGAGGCCUGCGCUUCGCUGACUUGCUGGACAGAGUGUCCCUCAUCAACCCUGAUAUGAGAGUGCGGUUCACUUCCCCUCACCCCAAGGACUUCCCUGAUGAGGUGUUACAUCUAAUUGAGGAGAGGGCAAACAUCUGUAGACAGAUUCAUCUUCCUGCCCAGAGUGGCAGCAGCACAGUCCUACAGGCCAUGCGCAGGGGUUACACAAGAGAAACCUACCUGGAACUGGUAGAGAACAUCCGGAAGAUAAUACCAGGAGUGAGCCUUAGCAGUGACUUCAUAGCAGGGUUCUGUGGUGAGACAGAGGAGGACCAUCAGCAGACCCUGUCUCUGCUCAGAGAGGUGGGCUACAAUGUAGGAUUCCUCUUCGCCUACAGCAUGAGGAAGAAAACCCAUGCAUUCCACCGUCUUCAGGACGAUGUCCAGGGGGAGGUGAAAAAGAGGCGGUUGGAGGAGCUUAUCCGUGUGUUCAGAGAAGAGGCUGUCAAGGUUAACACUGCCCUUAUUGGCAGUACACAGCUCGUCUUAGUGGAGGGAGAGAGUAAAAGGUCUGCCCAAGACCUGUGUGGGAGGAAUGAUGGGAAUUUGAAGGUGAUCUUCCCCAGGCAGGAUGUGGCCAUUCAACCAGCCAGCACUUCCACUGCUCCCAUAACCCCUGGGGACUAUGUCCUGGUCAAGAUUAUAUCAGCCAACUCCCAGAGUUUGCGAGGCCACGCUCUAAACCACACAUCCUUGAGUGAGACUGAAAGAUGUUUGUCUGACCCCUGUCAUGAUGGACAAAUGGCUGCAGCUUGAAGCAGACAUGCUCUAGCUCUAAC